AUGGAUAAGAAUACUAAAAUCGACGAAAAGCUUGAAAAAAAGGUUAAGUAAGCCAAGGAGAUUCCCCCAGCUGAUAUUAAGCUCAUUCUGCUUGGAGAUUCUGCUGUUGGCAAGUCAAAUGAAGAGAGAACAUCCUCAACUCAUGCUCUGACUAUGUACAGACAUAACACCACAGUCAAUGGACAAGAAUAUAAAGUUGAUAUCUGGGACACAGCAGGAUAAGAAUCAUUUAAUGAGCUUCAUCCUAGUUACUACUUUGGAGCACAUGCUGCAAUUCUUGUUUUUGACGCUAGUCGCAAGGUGACCUACCAGAAUCUUAAAGGAUGGUACAAGGAAAUGAGACAACAAUGUCCUCAAAUUCCUUGCAUUGUGAUUGCCAAUAAAAUAGACAUUGAUGAGAGAGCUACUUAGAGAAAAUACAAGUUUGUGGAGGACUUAGGCGUUCCCUUCAACUUCGUCAGUGCUGCUGACGGCACAAAUGUCGUUGUUAUCUUCAAGGAAGCUCUAGAAAUGGCUGUUAAAUACAAAGAAGAUCCCAAUAAAGACGACUUCAUGAAGGAGGUGCUUGAUCUUUUAGGCGAUGAUAUAUGA